CCCUCCCACCAGCCCUGAGGUCCCUCCCACCUCCAUACCAGAUAAGGCCAGCCCAGCACUGCCUCAUCUGGCAGUAGGCACUGGGCUGGGAUGGGGCUGCCUGGCUCCCCAUGGCAGUGGGUACUGCUGCUGCUGGGGCUGCUGCUCCCCCCUGCCGCCCCCUUCUGGCUCCUCAAUGUGCUCUUCCCCCCGCAUACCACGCCCAAGGCUGAACUCAGUAACCACACACGGCCGGUCAUCCUCGUGCCUGGCUGCUUGGGGAAUCAGCUAGAAGCCAAGCUGGAUAAGCCAGAUGUGGUGAACUGGAUGUGUUACCGCAAGACAGAGGACUUCUUUACCAUCUGGCUGGAUCUCAAUAUGUUUCUACCGCUCGGGGUAGACUGCUGGAUCGAUAACACCAGGGUUGUCUACAACCGCAGCUCUGGGCGUGUAUCCAAUGCCCCUGGUGUACAGAUCCGUGUCCCUGGCUUUGGCAAGACAUACUCUGUUGAAUACUUGGACAAAAACAAGUUAGCAGGUUAUAUGCACACACUGGUGCAGAAUCUGGUCAACAACGGGUAUGUGCGGGAUGAGACAGUGCGGGCCGCUCCCUAUGACUGGCGGCUGGAGCCCGGUGACAACCAGGGCAUCCCGCUCAUGUCCAGCAUCAAACUGAGAGAGGAGCAGCGCAUAACAACAACUUCCCCAUGGAUGUUUCCUUCCCGCCAGGUGUGGCCUGAUGACCAUGUGUUCAUUUCCACGCCAAGCUUCAACUACACAGGCCGUGACUUCCAGCGCUUCUUUGCAGACCUGCACUUUGAGGAAGGCUGGUACAUGUGGCUUCAGUCACGUGACCUACUGGCAGGCCUCCCAGCACCUGGCGUGGAAGUAUACUGUCUGUAUGGUGUAGGCUUGCCCACACCCCGCACCUAUAUCUAUGACCACGGCUUCCCCUACACAGACCCCGUGGCUGCACUGUAUGAGGACGGUGAUGACACGGUAGCCACACGCAGCACAGAGCUCUGCAGUCACUGGCAGGGCCGCCAACCACAGCCUGUACACCUGCUGCCCCUGAAUGGGACACAGCACCUCAACAUGGUCUUCAGCAACAAGACACUGGAGCAUAUCAAUGCCAUCCUGCUGGGUGCCUACCGCAGUCAAACCCCUGUAGUCUCAGCUGGCAGCCCAAGUCCCCUCUCCCCUGAAUAAAGACCUGUGCUGUUGUGAGCCCUGUGUGUUGUGGAUUGAAAGAGAGGCUCUUGUAGGGUCCCUAUACCAAGAUCCACACAUCACCAGCCACAGGCCCAGUAGUCAGUAGAGCAUGAAUAAGAUGGGCUCUGCUUAGGUCUGAGGUUGAUCUGGACCCCUUGAGAUGUGCAGCGUCUCAUUCUCCUGGUUGAGCUGUCCAGGCAGUCUGCCCUGUCUGGUUCUGUACUAGAGCUGGGACUGGAGCCAGCUAUACCAAUAGCUGUAGGAUGGAGACACAGAGAAAGGAUGAUCUGAGCUGUCCCUCCCAGCUCCCGAAAGGACAGGUGAGAUGACCUGUUGAGUGCUUGGUGGGCAACAGAUACAAGUUUAGAAUGAACUAGCCUGCAGUUCAUUGGAAGACCCUGGAUUCAAUCCUUAGCACCAAAAGAAAAAGUUUAGAAUCUGAGUGGCAGCCAUUAACCCGAUCAUCUCACUAAUGAAGACUUA